AUGCAUGGGGCUUCUGAGCUGGCAAAGCCCCUGGUCUUGCAGGAUGUCCCAUCCCCUCUUCUGCAGCUCCACCAGGUCCCAGUGGGUGUCCAUUACUGCAGGUUAAAUUUUGCUGGUAUCUUGGCCUGCCAGAGAUUGUAUGAGGAAAACUGUGCUCUUCCCUCCACUCCUGGUGAGAAGGUGGUAGUGGCAGCUGGAAGUGAUCCCACAUAUGAGCUGGCUCUGAUGAGUGGCACAAGCCACAGCAUGAACUACAGCCAGAGCAGCAGAGAGGAGGUGAAGAUGCUCACAAACAGCAGAGCAGUCGACAUGGCUGUCAAAGCCAUUACUGGGGACAACUUCAAGGCACCUCUGUUGGCAUGGGAGGGUAGGAUUGUGGUGAUGGGUUUUACUAGAGGAAAAAUCCCCUCAGUUCCCACUAACUUGAUUCUUCUGCUGAAUGUGUCUGCCAUGGGAGCACAGGAGUCAGCGUACCAGGAAGACGAUUUCCCCAUUUUUUCAUCUACCUCCUCCAUUCCCCAGUAUUUCUGGGAGGGAAACAUCCAUCCCCACAUUGAAGCAGUCUUCAAACUGGAAGAGGUAGACAAAGCCUUCAACCAUGUGCUCCAGUGAAAGAUACCUGUUGGCCUUCUUGGCCACAAGGGCACAUUGCUGGCUCAGGGUCAGCUUGUUGACCACCAGCACUCCCAGGUCCUUCUCAACAGAGCCACUUUCCAGCGGGUCAUUGAUGAAUAUAUUGACCAUGGCUGGACGCAGCACAGACCCCUGGUGAAUGCCACUAAACUCAGCAAAGGAAGAGACUCUCCAAGCUCCUACCCCAACAGUGGGCAAGCCAAAUGA